AUGACUGACUUGAGCACCUUCAUUACCUCUGUCCCAUCGGAAUCGGAAUCCGACUCCGAUGAUGAUGGUGGCAUGCAUCUUGACCCUAGCGAGAACAAUGAUAUUGAUAUCAUGAGAUACGCGGACGAAGAAGAUUCCUUCUCCUUCACCGCCCCAGAUCCCAUGUCUCCAUCCUACGACCAAACCAACAACGUUGAAAACAUUGGCCCCGACAACACCGUCCAAACCCCAACCGAGUUCGAACGGGAUAUGCGCUCGCGCUCGCAUCUCCGUGAUGAGAAACAUGCCGCUUUGUCGGUCCUAAUGGACCGGGAGUUACUAGUCACCUAUGCACUUGCUGCGAGAGAGACAAUCCCCCAAACCCGUCGCCGCUUCAUGGCAAAGAUGCUCUGCCCCAACGACCCAGUCAAAGCAGAGGAACUCUAUGCUCCUCGGAUUUACCUGCCCGCCCAGACAUCUGGCGGGGAGGCGUCUACUAUCCGUGGCCGUCUCCACGAUAUCCUCGACAAUGACGAAUCGGGCUGGCAUAAUCCCACCGCUCGGCGCGUGCACAAGGGUGGCAAUAAUUCGCCCCGUCGGGUUUCUUCUGGUGUUGGGCUCGCUGCUGGGAUUACUGGUGGUACUGCCAGGACUCGUACUUCACUCCAGGCUCAGGGCAGUGAUGAUGAAUGCUUGUAA